ACUGUCAUGUUAACCACCUCUCUCCAGCAGGGGGCGGUAAUGCCGCUGCGUUCUGGCUUCCAGUACAAACAGGAAGCAGCUCCUUGGCUAACUUCCGGUUAGCUCAGUUAGCUCGUGCUUGUCGCUGUGUCCAGGUGUGUUCCGGUUCUGUUCAGCAACAAUGUGUUCCGUUGAGCCUCUGAGAGAGUUUAUCAGAGAGAGACUAACUGCUGCUGCUGAAGAAAUCUUCACCCAGCUGGAGAAAACCAUCGUCCGGUACGAGGAGGAGAUCGACCGGCAGCGGAGACUGCUGGACCUCACCUGGAGACCCCGAACCCAGCAGAACCCCGCAGACGUCCAGCAGCGUCUUCUCAGCAGGAAGCAGCAGGUUCUGAUGGCGCCGCUGCUCUCCAACCAGGAGACGCUUUCUGGGCCGGCGGAACCAGAACCAGAAACUGUGGACCGGGACCCAGAGGCUGUGCAGGUCAAAGAGGAGCCGGAUGAUGAGCUUGCAGGUCGGGAUGAAGAGCAGCUCCAUCUGAAGCAGGAGGCCCAUUCCUUCACGGUGAGUCCAGCUGAGGAGGACGGAGACGACAGCAACCUGGACCCGGUCCCAUCAGAACCGGACCCCGGAGCCGAGGAUGAAGAGCCGGAGGCGAGCAGCCACGACGAACUGAGCCGUGAUGAAGCACGGGAACAGAACGGGAAGCGGACGGAGCAGAAGCCUCGGCAGAGUCUGUUUUCCUGUAAGACGUGCAGCAAGACGUUCAGCCAGAAGGGAAGCCUGACCAAACACCUGCGGCUGCACGCCGGCGGGAACCCCUUCACCUGCGUCAGCUGCGGCCGCAGCUUCCGCAAACACUUCAGCCUCAUCGUCCACAUGAGGAUCCACACCGGGGAGAAACCCUUCCCCUGCCUCGUCUGCGGCAAGAGCUUCUGCCAGCGGGGCAACCUGAACGUCCACAUGCGCACACACACCGGGGAGAAGCCCUUCCCCUGUCUCACCUGCGGGAAACACUUCCAGAGGAAGAGCAACCUGACCGCCCACACGAGGAUUCACAAGAGGAACGCGUUGUGCGUUUCCAUGGCAACGAAGGAGGUGAUCUGACCAGAGGAGGGGAGACAGAUGCCCUGCCCGUUUCCAACAUGGCUGCCGUCAGAAGGCGUGGAGUUCCCGCUGCUGUCAGUUCUUCCCCGUUGCUUCUUGUCUCUAACUGGUUCAGGAUCUCAGUUUUACAGUUUAACAUCGGAGAACUUCACAGUGAUGGAUACACAACAACCAAACGUUUUCAGAACUACGUUUCCAUCGUUUUUAUGCACAGUUUGAAGAACAAGUUGAUGUAAAAUAACUUCCUUGGAUGAACGAUGAUGAUGUCACAAAAUACAGCAGAUUUAAAUAUCAACAACUUCAGACAGAUAUUAAGACCCUUCAAACAGUCCGAGCUCUUCCUCACUUUUAGUCCAUAUUUGGUCAUUUCCUUUUGUUCUGGUACCACCGGACCCGGCAGGACCCAGACAGGCCAGCCUGAGCAUCAGGCUUCAGAAAUGACUCCCAGAACUGGGGUCAGAGGUCAAGCUUCAGCUGCACAGACUCACAGUGUUUAGUUCUAGUUGAACUGAAUUUUGUUUUUAUUUAACAUUUUUAUUUUAACAUUUUCUGGAAGUAUUUCAUGUUUUAGGUUAUUUUCCUGAUGUGCAAUUCUUCAUCUGGUUUAGUGAUCCUAUAAAACUUAGUUAAGUUUUGAUGUUAUUUAUCUUUUUGUUAUUGAGAUCUAACCUUUGAACUCUUUGAACAAACUCCUGUUGGACCCGGUGCUGAUCUGAAUCUGGUUUUCAGGUGAGAACAGUUUCCUGCUGUCGUCACGUUUUAAAUCAAGCCUGAAGCGUCAGAGUGGAAAAUGUUUCUGUUGCAACAUUUCUUAUUUAAAACAGAAGGUAGAACUUAGAAAUGUUCUGAUUUAAAUCUUGUUAAAACAAGAACGUUUUCUCAAUCUAAGGAGAUUCUGCUGCUGAAUUUAUUUCCGUUUCUGGCGGUUAAGCAUUUCUGCACAUCAACCUGAUUUAUUAUUCAUCUUUACAGUAAUAAUUCCUUAUAAACAGACUCUUUAAAUCAGGGGUGGUCAGUCCUGGUCCUGGAGGGCCGGAGUCCUGCAGCUCUUAGAGUCUCUCUGGUCCAACAACCUGAAUCUCCUCCUCAGUGCCGUCGGGUUCUGCGGAGAACCGGUCGGGUUCUCUUGAGUCCUGCUAGUGACCUCAUUAUGUGACUCAGGUGUGUUGAAG